GCGUCUUUGUUACCUUCAACUGCGUUAACUACAGCAAAAGGACUACAUUUAUACAGAUAUUCAAGAUUAUUUCAACGUAGAGACAGAAUAGUUUCAAGAAAAUAGUUUUUGGAUCUCGACUUACUUUUUAGUUUCAUUAAGGAUAACCGGUGGCAGGACAUGUGAUACGGAUGAACAAAAAACAUUGAAUAUAAAGAAACUUCACAUGAAACCAUCGGACUUCUGCGUCUUGUACUUCGCGUUGAGAACUGUGAAUUGCUGAGUAGCCUCCAUACUCUGUUGUAGCUAGCCUACUUUGUUGAGUAGGCAACAUCUUCAGUGUGUGCGGCGAGGUCUGGCGAGACCCAAAAAGCCCAAUUCAAUCGAAGGAACUCAUUCAGUCACCGAAGGUGAAACAAGAUAUUUGGAAAAUUCUGCUAUAAAGUUGAAGCCCUAACAAGGAGCACUCGACUCGUCAGCUUCCGUGAAUAUUGCAAACGAUUGGAUUUCAUAGUUUUCCUUUUCACUGGACGUUAUUAAUAAUUGUAUAUUUUUGCGUUUGUCGAUCAGUCGAUAGAUUGUUAAUAAUGUUUCUCAUUGUAUAGAUAUUUAUUUUGUAAUAUGAGGCCAAAAUCUUAUUGCGGGCGGGCAUCGUAUUAAAUGCUGAAUAGUGCAGAUAGAGUGUAAGCCUUAUAGGCAACCAGAACAGAGCACUGUGGAAAAGAGGUCAGAUCUAAGUUUGCGGUUUCGUGGUUUUGCUGUAGUCAGUGAGAAGCAGAAAUCAACUCGAUGUUUCUCAUGCAGCUACAUCCUGAGCAGAUGAUAUAACACGCAAACAUUCAACUUUAUCGUGUCUGCAAGAUAAAAAGUCUCUUCACUCACUGGACAGUUCAGGAUUUAUUGUGAUAGAUUAACCCGGGAAGCUGCGUGCGCUCAGCUCCAUCAUCGCGUAAACCGCUGGAAUUGACCGAGACCAAAGGAACAAGUGUCAGAGAGCGGGAAAAAUACAUAUAUUCUCCAAAAAAAGAGCCCUGAACACUCGUCAAAACCCCUCGAGAAGUGGCCUUGACCAACGCUGUUGUGAUGCAUAUUCCCGUAGACCCUAACACCACCAGACGGUUCACACCGCCCUCCACGUCGUUCCCCUGCAGCAAGAUUGGAGACGGCAGCGGGACCAUGGGCACCCCUGGACCACUGAGGACACGACCCGAGGCCAGGAAUGUGGUGGACGUCCUGUCAGACCACGCUGGCGAGCUGGUCCGUACAGACAGCCCAAACUUCCUCUGCUCCGUGCUGCCCUCACACUGGAGGUGCAACAAGACACUCCCUGUGGCUUUCAAGGUUGUUGCACUCGGUGAUGUGCCCGACGGGACUCUGGUCACGGUGAUGGCGGGGAACGACGAGAACUUCUCUGCAGAGCUGAGGAACGCGUCUGCGGUGAUGAAGAACCAGGUCGCCCGCUUCAACGACCUGCGGUUCGUGGGCAGAAGCGGACGAGGAAAGAGCUUCACUCUGACCAUCACAGUCUUCUCUGGUCCCCCUCAGGUGGCCACCUACCACCGUGCCAUUAAAGUGACAGUGGAUGGGCCCAGGGAACCCAGACGACACAGGGUGAAGCUGGAGGAUCCCCAGAAGAUGCAGUUCUCUGAUAGGCUGACAGAGAUUGAGCGCUACCAGCGGGCCAGCCUGAGGAUGGGGCCUGGUAACCCCCAGCCCCGGCCCAUGCACCAGAGCCACCUGGGGCCCUCCACCCAGUCCCAGAUACAAGCCCUGUGGUCUGACCAGAUUGACCCACCAUCUCUGAAGACAUGCAAAGUGGAGGACGACCUCAGAUGGUCAAGUCCCACCGCUGAUCUCUUCCCCCAGAGGACCUCCUUCCCCUCUCUGUCCCCGCUGACUGACCCUCGUUUCUCAGACCCACGUAUGCACUACCCAGGGGCCUUCACCUACUCAGCCAACCCCUCCAGCACGGGCAUCGGAGGCCUCAGUGUGACGGGAAUGUCUGCCUCCUCCCGCUACCACACCUACCUGCCCCCACCCUACCCGGGCAACCAGAACCAGGGAAGCCACUUCCAGUCUAACUCCUCCCCCUACCACCUGUACUACGGCACCGGGUCCGGCUCCUACCAGUUCUCCAUGGUGGGCCCGGGCGGGACUGGGGGUGAGCGCUCCCCCAGCCGCCUGCUGCCCUGCUCGGGGGCCUCAGCCUCUGGAGUUGGCAACAGCCUGAUAAUCCAGGGCCUGAGCAACCAGAGCGAGGGGGUGGAGGCGGAUGGUAGCCACAGCAACUCCCCUACGACCAUGAGCGGGUCUGGACGCAUGGAUGAAUCUGUCUGGAGGCCCUACUGACUGUUAGACAGCUAGAGGAAAUGUAGGACAGAGAAGAGAGAGAGAAAGCAAAAGUAAAGAAGUUAAAUGAACAAAAAAAGAUGAAUCCUUCCCCAAAAAAUAAAUGUUGCAUGUUUGUCUUUUAUUUUCCCGCACUCGCUUCGUACCCUUUUCCUAGUUGACCAAAGACAUUCAAUGUCUGUCAGAAUGCCAUGGCCAGAGGUGGCCUUUUUGAAGGCCAUGGGUACACCCUGCACUGUGACAGGGACUAUUCUCUGAGACUCUGAAAGCCAUACAAAUCUCAUUAUUUUCAAUUGAUGAGUAAGAACUGCAAAAUAACUGUAAAUAGAUGUUAUGGUGUUAGAACAAAUAAGCCAUAGUAAUAUACUGUAUCAGGUUCUUCUGAAAAACAGGUACAACAUGCAUACCAUAGACUAUGAAAAGGCACAACUUUCACAUCCAUUCAUUCUAUGCAGCUGAUGAACGGUAAAAAUGCAAGUGCUAUUGUGGCUAAUCAGCCAACGAGACCAAAACUAUCCUUAUCCCUCAGAUGAGGGAUACCUUUCUUGGCGUUACAAGCUAAACAUCCAGAACAGUGACUGUACUGCCUCAACGGCCUUUGACUGUUAUGUGAAAACAGAAGUCAAACAGGAUGUUUGCUUCACAUGACUCAGAACCUGCCCUAGAUGACUUGUGGCUGUAUUGCUAAUGUAUACAUGUCAAUUGAUCCUGAAGCUUUUAUUUUGUGAGCGGUUUGGAGAUUCAUCCAUCAGUCCAUGAAAGAUCAUCAAGAACAAUCCAUCGUCUCAAAGUAGUUAUGCAUUGCUUGAAAAUUGCAUGUAUUAUCUAUACUAGGAUGGAUCAGUCCUUGGAGGUACAGUAAGCAAUGCUUAUUCAAAAUGAACAACAUUAUGUAUUUGAGUGAAACUCCCCUGUAAAGUCGUUAAUGUAUUGAUCAUCUAUGUAGCAGAACAAUAGCUGAUAUUCUGAGGACCGUCCAGGACUUUAGCAGAGAAGAGGUUUUUUGAAGCAGGAAUUUUAUGGAUUCCUGUCUUUUUAGUUUCUUGGACUGUUAUCUUUAUUUGUACUUAUGGUAGGCCUAUAUAUUUCUUCAUUGUGUCUGCAAACUGUUCUAGUGUAGUAUGUCUGAACUAGAUAAUACAGUUUACUUUUUUUAUAUUUAUUUGAGCCAAAUUUGAGAAAAUGUUCACUUAUGCCCAAAAACAUUUAGCAUUUCUCUCUACCUUAUCUUUUUUGUAUAAAUAUUUUGUUUAUUUGUCGUUUAAUAUAAAAUUUGAAUUUGUGUAAUAUAUUUCUUCUAAAUUAUGAAAAAAAACUAAACUUUUAAUGUUAUUAUUUUGUAUUUCAAUGUAGCUUCGAUGCACUAAAAACAUUCAUGAUAUUUAACCAUUAGAAGCAUAGAUCCCAACAUUAAAUCCAACAAUCACUUUAUUUAUAAGAUCCCCCCUUAAACAGUCGCCCAAUCAUCAACCCCCAGCCUCCUUGAGUUCACAUUUUUCCACUCUUUUAAAGAAGAAAAUAAAUACUUAAGGUACACAACCCACAUUAUGUGGCUAUGCAGAUCUUGUUUCUUUGUUUAUCAAACAAAGAUACUAACCUGUAUCAAGAAUGACUGAAACCUCAGACUAUGAUUGGCUUAAUCUCAAACCACAUUGGCAUGUCUGAAGUGGCUAACUAAACAGUAGAGAUGGAGUGGGCUGAUUUUCACACGUAAGCAUACACACACACACACACACACGCGCUUUCUGUGCUGCAAUCACAGGUGUGAUUGUGCACAUUCUCACAGACCCAAUGGCCUUUCCCACCCCAGGGGGACACAGAGAGUAGGGAUGAAGAUAGAGGGGUGUUCAAAGUGGGAUCCUCUUACCAACACCAAGGGCAAUCCUAACUAAAAACAAGCCAUUGUUGUGCACAGGUCCCUUUGUUCUGCAUGAGCUGUGAGUCCUUUGAAGCCUUUCUGAACGUGUUUUCUCUCCUUCCUAUUGUAAUUUACUGAUCAUUAGUGCCUGCAGCUCAGGGCACUGCACAGGAUUCAGAUGUCAGGACAGAGCAUCUUUUUUCUAUGAGCUGUGCUGAGCCACUUAAUUCAUUGCGUCAGGUGUGCCAUGUUAAGAAAUUGAGGUGUUUUGGUGAAAAGGAGGAGGAGAGUUGGUGGGGCUUCUUAAGAGCAGAUAUUAUACCAAUUAGGGUUGGUUUAGCGACCCCAAAUCUUUGAGCUCAUACAUUAAAAAACAAAAAAUACUGUUAGCAUUUGUCGCUCAGAAAAAAAGUUAAGCUAACUCUAUUGACAAAUCUACUACCUUAUGCCUUAUUUUUGUUUAAGACAAUCAAUUAUAUAAAGAUGCAUUCCUAACUCUUGGGGAGUGGAGGGAAAGAAUAGCAUGUUCUUAUAAUCACUGAGUUCCUACCCAUCCCUUUGGGUUUGAAGGCCUAACUUUAGAUUGGGCAAAAUUCAUGCAGCUAUGAGAAAUCAAAGAUGUACCUGAUAUCAUAUGGUUAUAUCAAAACCAAAGAAAGGCCUGUAAUAUUGUUACAUUGAGGGUUUGGAUUCGUUGUUUUACACAAAAUGUCUCGGUUGGUUUCCAUUAUCUGUUGAUAAAAUGUCCAUACCUCUUAAGAGGUUGUGUGUAUAUCAUGAGGCAUUUGCAAAACAGGGAGGUUAAAUUGUACAAUUACAUUUUAUUUUAUUUUAUGUUGGAUAGAAAAGCACAAAGCUUAUGUUUUCUUUAAUGUUUCUUUUAAACAACCUCCUCUUCAUUUUGUUAUACCAUAAUGUUAAUUCAUUUUGCUCAAAGCAUGUAUGUCUGAAGCUGAUAUGUUAAUUUAAUUUUCAUCCAUGUAAUAUCCUUAAAGACUCUGUAUUAAGUGCUUGUAAAGUGUGCAGAUAAUGUAGUUUUUAAUCAUUUUAAUUAAAAAACAUAAAUUUCA